GUGACAAUCCUAAAAUGCGACUUUUACUAACACCGCGCAUUUUAAACGCUUGCAAAAUCUUGCACCGUGCGGUCCAUCUGGACUGGUCCCCCAACUGGAAACUCAGUAAAAAAAUCUGGGACCGUUACCGGAACCUCCCUAUCGCCAACUGCAAAGUGCAAGCGACUUAUGUCUGGAUUGACGGCACUGGCGAGAACAUGCGGUCCAAAACCCGCACCAUGGACUACACCCCUAGCAGUCACAAGGACUGCCCUAACUUGAACUUCAACGGAAGCUACACCUACCAAGCAGAACCGAAAAACUCCGACGUUAUUUUAUGCCCGAUUGCGAUCUACAACGAUCCCAUAACCCAAGGGAACAAUAAACUGGUCCUGUGUGAAACGUACGACACUGAAGGACGCCCAACCCCAUCCAACCAUCGCCACCACUGCAUGGAAACCUUGAACCAUGUCUGCGACAAGGAACCCAUGUUUGGGUUCGAGCAAGAAUUUAUGAUGAUGGAUGUGAACAGUCGGCCGUUUGGGUGGCCGGUCAUGUCAGGGGAGCCUUCGCCCUUGGGCUCGUACUACUGUAGCGUGGGGGCUGAUAGGGCCUUCGGGCGCGAAGUCGCAGAAUCGCACUAUCGCUGUCUUCUGUACUGCGGGGUGGACAUCUCGGGGGUGAACCCCGAAAGCACCGCGUCACAGUGGGAGUUCAAAACUGGGCCCACAAUUGGGAUUAAAGCCGCCGAUGAUUUGUGGAUAUCGCGGUAUUUGUUGCAAAGAGUCGCCGAGGAUUAUGGGGUGGCGAUUUCGUUCCACCCUAAGUUGUUCAAGAAUUGGAAAGGGUCGGGGUGUCACACGAAUUUUUCAACUAAGGAAAUGAGAGAAGACGGUGGGUAUAAAUAUAUCGAGGAAGCUGUUAAGAAGUUGGAGAAGAGGCAUGAGGACCACAUCAAGGUGUAUGACCCUAGAGGGGGCAAAUACAACGCGUUGAGGUUGACGGGACAUGGGGUCAGCAAAGUAGAUAAAUUCACAUCAGGGGUGGCCGACAGUACGGCCAGUGUCAAAAUUAGCAAAGCGGUAAUGCAGAAGCAAAAGGGGCAUUUUGUUGAUAGGAGACCUGCAGCCAAUGCCGACCCGUAUCAAGUUAUGAAUGCACUGGUGUGCACGCUUUGCCUAAACCCACAGUAGUUUUAAAAUGCUAAUACGGACCGCAGACUAAACAAUAAAUAAAACUAUCUGCAACAGUA